AUGGAUAAUCAAUUAAUACAGUUAACAAGAGGCCACUUGAAAAAACUAAGUGAGUGCAGAAUUUUCGUGGUAGCCUUUGCUAUUAUAGCCGUAGCAGCUUCAGCUGCCAUUGAUAGUCCAAUUAAUGAAUAUUUACCACCAUCAGAAGACACUGUUAAUUUAGAUCUUACUAACACCGAUGACUCGACCAUAUUAGCCGAUGAUGGUUAUCGCUACAAAACCUUAAGACGCCUAAAGUAUCGUCAACGACGUGACGUUUCCGAAAUUGCCAACGAGUACUUGCCUCCUUCUGAAGAAGCCACCGAAGCUGUAGCCGAAUUGAAAUCUGUUGAGGAACCUGAAGAUUCCGCUGUCUUGGGUGAAAAUGGUUAUGAAUAUAAAACAGUUCGUCGUUUGAAAUAUCGUCAACGUCGUGAUGUUUCUGAAAUUGCCAACGAGUAUUUGCCUCCUUCUGAAGAAACCACUGAAGUUGUAGCUGAAUUGAAAUCUGUACAGGAACCUGAAGAUUCCGCUGUCUUGGGAGAAAAUGGUUAUGAAUAUAAAACUGUUCGUCGUUUGAAAUAUCGUCAACGGCGCGAUGUCUCUGAAAUUGCCAACGAAUAUUUGCCUCCUUCCGAAGAAAACAACGAAGCUGUUGCUGAAAUUAAAACUGUUGAAGAACCAGAGGAGUCUGCUGUUUUAGGUCAAGAUGGCUAUGAAUACAAAACUAUUCGUCGUUUGAAAUACCGUCAACGUCGUGAUGUCUCUGAAAUUGCCAACGAGUACUUGCCUCCUUCCGAAGAAAACAACGAAGCUGUAACUGAAUUGAAAUCUGUAGAAGAACCAGAGGAUUCCGAAGCUGUAGCUGAUUUGAAAUCUGUAGAACCAGAGGAUUCCGCUGUUUUGGGUGAAAAUGGCUACGAGUAUAAAACUGUUCGUCGUUUGAAAUACCGUCAACGCCGUGAUGUUUCUGAAAUUGCCAACGAGUAUUUGCCUCCUUCUGAAGAAACCUUCGAAGCUGUUGCUGAAAUUAAAACUGUUGAAGAACCAGAGGAGUCUGCUGUUUUAGGUCAAGAUGGCUAUGAAUACAAAACUGUUCGUCGUUUAAAAUACCGUCAGCGUCGUGAUGUCUCUGAAAUUGCCAACGAGUACUUGCCUCCUUCUGAAGAAACCACCGAAGUUGUAGCUGAAUUGAAAUCUGUAGAGGAACCUGAUGAUUCCGCUGUCUUGGGAGAAAAUGGUUAUGAAUAUAAAACUGUUCGUCGUUUGAAAUAUCGUCAACGUCGCGAUGUCUCUGAAAUUGCCAACGAAUAUUUGCCUCCUUCCGAAGAAAACAACGAAGCUGUUGCUGAAAUUAAAACUGUUGAAGAACCAGAGCAGUCUGCUGUUUUAGGUCAAGAUGGCUAUGAAUACAAAACUAUUCGUCGUUUGAAAUACCGUCAACGUCGUGAUGUCUCUGAAAUUGCCAACGAGUACUUGCCUCCAUCUGAAGAAACCUCCGAAGAUUUAGCAGAAUUGAAAUCUGUAGAAGGACCAGAGCAUUCCGCUGUUUUGGGUGAAAAUGGUUACGAAUACAAAACUGUUCGUCGUUUAAAAUACCGUCAGCGUCGUGAUGUCUCUGAAAUUGCCAACGAGUACUUGCCUCCUUCCGAAGAAAACAACGAAGCUGUAACUGAAUUGAAAUCUGUAGAAGAACCAGAGGAUUCCGAAGCUGUAGCUGAUUUGAAAUCUGUAGAACCAGAGGAUUCCGCUGUUUUGGGUGAAAAUGGUUACGAAUACAAAACUGUUCGUCGUUUGAAAUAUCGUCAACGUCGUGAUGUUUCUGAAAUUGCCAACGAAUAUUUGCCUCCUUCUGAUGAAACCACCGAAGCUGUUGCUGAAAUUAAUACUGUUGAAGAACCAGAGGAGUCUGCUGUUUUAGGUCAAGAUGGCUAUGAAUACAAAACUGUUCGUCGUUUGAAAUACCGUCAGCGUCGUGAUGUCUCUGAAAUUGCCAACGAAUAUUUGCCUCCUUCCGAAGAAAACAACGAAGCUGUUGCUGAAAUUAAAACUGUUGAAGAACCAGAGGAGUCUGCUGUUUUAGGUCAAGAUGGCUAUGAAUACAAAACUGUUCGUCGUUUGAAAUACCGUCAGCGUCGUGAUGUCUCUGAAAUUGCCAACGAAUAUUUGCCUCCUGCCGAAGAAAACAACGAAGCUGUAGCUGAAUUGAAAUCUGUAGAGGAACCUGAAGAAUCCGCUGCUUUGGGUGAAAAUGGCUACGAGUAUAAAACUGUUCGUCGUUUGAAAUACCGUCAACGCCGUGAUGUUUCUGAAAUUGCCAACGAAUACUUGCCUCCUGCUGAAGAAACCACAGAAGCUGUAGCUGAAUUGAAAUCUGUAGAGGAUCCAGAGGAUUCUGCUACUUUGGGUGAGAAUGGUUAUGAAUACAAAACUGUUCGUCGCUUAAAAUACCGUCAACGUCGUGAUGUUUCUGAAAUUGCCAACGAGUACUUGCCUCCUUCUGAUGAAACCACCGAAGCUGUUGCUGAAAUUAAAAGUGUUGAAGGACCAGAGGAUUCUGCUGUUUUAGGUCAAGAUGGCUAUGAAUACAAAACUGUUCGUCGUUUGAAAUACCGUCAGCGUCGUGAUGUCUCUGAAAUUGCCAACGAGUACUUGCCUCCUUCUGAAGCAACAACCGAAGCUGUUGCUGAAUUGAAAACAGUUGAGGAACCAGAAGAUUCUGCUGUAUUAGGUCAAGAUGGCUAUGAAUACAAAACUGUUCGUCGUUUGAAAUACCGUCAGCGUCGUGAUGUUUCCGAAAUCGUCAACGAAUACUUGCCCGCUGCUGAAGAAGCUACAACCGAAGCUGUUGAAUUGAAAUCUGUAGGAGAACCUGAGGAUUCCGCUGUCUUAGGAGAAAAUGGUUACGAAUAUAAAACUGUCCGUCGCUUAAAAUACCGUCAACGUCGUGAUGUCUCUGAAAUUUCCAACGAGUACUUGCCUCCUUCUGAAGAUACCACCGAAGCUGCAGCUGAAUUAAAAUCUGUAGAGGAACCUAAGGAUUCCGCUGUCUUAGGAGAUAAAGGCUACGAAUACAAAACCGUACGCCGCUUAAAAUACCGUCAACGUCGUUAUUAA